AUGCGCCUCUCGCAGGAGGACAUCGACGGGAUCCCUAAAAAAUGGCUGGAAACGGUGGCCCACUAUCUGACGGGAUUUCGCAACGGGACCGUCGACUUUUCGCGGCCGCAUUUAAGAAGCUCCGUGGCGAACGUUUAUCCGCUCUUCGUCGUCAUGUACGCGGCUUUAAUCCUCGCUGGAACUCUCAUGAACUUGGCGAUGGUAUACCACGUUGUAAAAUACCGGCUCUACAGAGACCCCACCUACGCUUUUCUCAUUAACAUCGCCGUCUCGGACGCGAUCAAGUGCAUCUUCGUUCUUCCGAUCUCCUUGGCAGUUCUCCUCGUGCAAAACUGGGUCUUCGGCAAGUUCCUGUGCUUCUUUCUGCCUAUGCUACAGGACAUACCGAUCCACGUCUCGAUGAUGACGUAUCUGCUGAUCGCGGGAGAUCGCUUGCGGCUUUUGAGCGACCCCGGGAAGCCGAGGAUUCCAGGAUUCGUGUGUGCCCUUGGCUCUUGGUUUUUCGCGGUCUGCAUCGUGUUGCCUUAUCCGAUUUACACGACUUACCUGGACCUCGAGACAUUCACGAAGGAGCACUUCCAGGGAAUUGGAAUUUGCGUUGUGAAUUUGGCCGACGACAUGCAGGAGUACAUGAGGGGCCUCUUUAUAGGAACUUACGUGGCGCCACUCACGAUAACGGCAUACUUUUACGUCAAGGCGAGCAGGGAGCUGCAGGCCCAGGAGGGGCCGCUGGUGGUGGCCAUGUUCGAGGCACGUGGCAGAGAUUCGAGACACGGCAGUCGCCUGAGCAACGACAUCUCGGAUAAUCGGGAGGGCAAAAGAGAAAGCGGCACGGAAGGACUGGGCAGACUGUCGACGGCCUACGACCUGUACGACGCGGAGCUCGACGUCCGCAAGGAAAGACGCACGCAAAAGUACCUCAUCUUCAUGGUGUCGGUCUUCGCCAUAUGUCUCUGUCCUUUGACAGUUCUCAGGUUGGCGAAACUGGUUUUGAUCGAGACGUACGAGAACAGCGGACACUUCGACAUCACAUUUACGCUGUUCGUGUGGCUGGCCUUUCUGCCGACGAUGACGACGCCGGGUCUCUAUGCCUCCUGGCAGAUGAGCAGGUCCGCGAAGGAGAGGCUACGGGGCUACUUCCGGUUCUCCAACCGGCGGGUGCCGCGGCCGGCGUCGAGACAUCCGGGACCCAGCCCCGGAAGCGUCCCCGUCGGUCCAGAGGACGAGGCCGACGGAAGGGCCGAGAGCGCCUCUCGGCUCGCGGGGGGCCAGUCGACAUAG